UGCAGACUUCCACCUCGAUCAGAAAGCUGUCGGCGGAUUUUGGUUCCGCUGCAGAAAUGGCCUCGGCUUUCCACCGAGCAACAAAAGCCAAAUGAUCUGCUCCCGUUUCGGAGUCGGUAGAAACAACAACUUAACCUUUUCGCAAGGCACUUUCUGUUGGAAAGCGGGGCUUUUGUUACGGUACGUAGAGGAGUGACGAGGCAGGGGACAAUGCCACACUGCCUGUGGCCGGAGCCGCUGUCAGCCGCACAACUGAAGCGGCUGGAGGAGCAUAAAUACAGCGCCUCGGGUCGCUCCCUGUUCGAGCCUCCGUGCCAAGUCUACUGGAACUGGCUGGUCCAACAGAUACCGACAUGGGUCGCUCCAAACACGCUAACUAUUGUUGGACUCUUAGUAAACGUCCUGACCACGGUGGUGCUGGUGUGGUUCUGUCCCACGGCAACGGAGGAGGCUCCAUCAUGGGCCUUCAUCCUGUCUGCUGUGGGCCUCUUCAUUUAUCAGUCUCUGGAUGCCAUUGAUGGGAAACAGGCCAGGAGGACAAACAGCAGCUCUCCUCUGGGGGAACUGUUCGACCACGGCUGCGACGCUGUCUCUACAGUCUUUGUUGCAGUGGGAACUUGCAUUUCAUGUGGAAUAGGAAGAUACGCAAACUGGAUGUUCUUCUGUGGUUUCAUUGGGAUGUUCAUGUUCUUCUGUGCCCACUGGCAGACCUAUGUGUCCGGAACCCUCCGUUUCGGGCUAGUCGACGUCACAGAGGUGCAGAUUGCCAUCAUAAUCAUGUACCUGAUGUCUGCUUUUGGGGGUGUGAGCCUUUGGGAAACUAUGUUGCCUGUUAUAGGAGUGCAGCUGAACGUUUUCCCCAUCUUGGGCAUCAUCGGCGGCGCCUUGUACUCCUGCUACAACUACUUCUAUGUGAUUCUGAAUGGAGGAGUUGGAAAGAACGGCUCUACUGUGGCUGACACCAGCGUCUUAACUCCUGGUCUUCACAUCGGCCUUGUCCUCACGCUGGCCUUCAUCAUUUUCAAGAAGUCCUCCAGCCAUCUGUUUGAACACCACCCCUGUCUGUACCUGCUAACCUUCGGCAUGGUCAUCUCCAAGAUCUCCAACAAGCUAGUGAUAGCGCACAUGACCAGGAGCGAAUUACAUCUUCCAGACACAGCCUUCAUCGGACCUGGCCUCCUCUUCCUCAACCAGUACUUUAACAGCUUCAUUGACGAACACAUCGUCCUCUGGAUCGCUAUGGUCCUUUCUUUUCUGGAUCUGAUGCGGUACUGCACAGGUGUGUGCCUCCAGAUCGCCUCCCACCUGCGCAUCCGAGUCUUCAGCAUCACACCGCAGGGCAACGCCCACCAGGACUGACAGCUUGCCCGGCGGGAGGAGGCGGAGGGAGACGCAGAUCUCACUCCGCUUCUGAAAGCAGACGACCAACACGAGGAAAGACCCUUGACCCCGAGCCACUGCAGCCUUGACAAAGUAACCACCUCUAAUUAAAAACUGCCUCACUCAUAAUGAAGAAAGAACAAACCAACCCAACAUUUUAAACCAAAAAAAGGAAAAAAAAAUCGCUUAAAAAGCUGUUCAACGGAGAAUUGAGUGGAAAUAAGUUGUUUUAAACUCUUAACUGCUGAAACCAAUCAAAUUUUAAGUGUAAAUGGUGCAUGUUGUUCAUUUUUUCUCAACCAAAAUACCAAAUGUUUUUAAUCUUAUCAAAUAAUUAUUUGAAAUUUUUUUUUAAUUCUCCACGGAUUAGAUAAAUUUAAGUGAUUUAUUUUUUUCCCCCUAAAUGCAACCCAUUGUAAUUGUAUUUAUUUAGUGUCUCAAAGUGACACAAAUCAGGGAUUUUAUUAAAUUAAAAUUUCCAACAAAAUCUAAUUAGGUUUCCAAUAUAAAGGUGGUGGUUGUCAAGGAGUUUGUGAAGGGGUAAGAGUCACGUGUUGAUGCUGAAAAUGACGACAGGUCUUCUAGGUUGUUCUACAGACUUCACUCUCAUUUAAAGGGAAUUCACUUUUUCAUUAGUCAUUCUUGAAACAUCCGUACUCCGGUACUUAGAGUGCUGUCGAUUUGUGAAGCGUCAACACCAGACUUGUUCUGCUUUCUCAUUUCUUCUCCCUAAAGGGCUAAUUAUGUAUGAUUGUACAGAAGUCAACUGAAUACGCCUUAAAUACUUUUGUUUGUAAUUAUUAUUUUACUUGUUAGUAUUUAAAGCAGAUUUUUGUGUUUUUUUUUUUCUUCUCAGAUGUUUUGUUUUUCCACUAAGGUUUACCAGGUACAGCAAUAGUUACAGGUCUACUGGAACAUUUUAUUCUAAACUGUUCACCCACAUGAGUGAAUUUCAUUUUGGUGUGAUUUGUUUGGUAAAGUGAACAUGAAAUAUUGUACUUUGACACAUAAUUUAGGUAGGCUGGGAUCAGAAGGGAAAUUUCCAGAAACGGAUUUUACUUUGAAAAAAAAGUUCAUCUCACAUUGGGCUUUUACACCAUUGCAGGCCACUAAAAAAAGGAAGGUGGUAUUAACACUAUUUUGCGUGAUUUCCAGAUGAAUGUUUGAACUAUGCAUUAACGUGAUUUGAUUCCAAUCGCCUCAUUGUACCGUUCAGUAAUGCAGUUAGGCAUUUCUAAUAACAGAUGUGAAUGAAAAGAUUGUAAUAAAGAUCAUAUUUUUC